AUGAAAGCGCGGCGUCCUCUAAUUUGGGUUUCUACAGUCGAAGUGGAUGCAGUGCUGGGCCGGACAGCGUCACUUCCUUGUGACGUCACCCCAGACGCCAAUGAGGAUAGAGUAUACAUGGUGCUGUGGUUUAGGAAAAGUGGCGGGAAACCAAUAUACAGUUUCGACGUGCGCGGGAGGUCAUUCAACAAAGCUUUACAAUGGUCGGAUCCUGGUGCCUUCGGACCUCGGGCAUAUUUCGCGACCAUCUCCCGACCUGCGUCACUCACCCUCAACUCAGUGCAGUUGGACGAUGAGGGGGUCUACAGAUGCAGGGUCGACUUCAAGAACUCACCUACGAGGAAUUUUCAAAUAAAACUAACUGUUAUAGUACCGCCACAUCAAAUUCUACUCUACGACAAGUCGGGGGCUGACGUGUCGGGGAUUGUCGGGCCCUUGGAAGAAGGAGCCGCCUUGGUGCUAGUCUGUGAAGUACGCGGAGGCCGUCCGGAACCCGUGGUUACAUGGUUGGUGGAUGGCAAACCAGAGUUGAAAUACAUAGGAGUUAAGACAGACACUCACGUCAUAGUGAACAGACUAGAAGUCCAACAACUCAAGAGGGAAAACCUGAAUACAACCUUCAAAUGCCGAGCAACAAAUACGCACCUUGUGCCUCCGCAAGAAAAAUCAGUACGACUAGAAAUGAAUUUGCCUCCACUGUCAGUUUCGUUACUAAAUCGACCGCAGCAGUUGCUGGCUGGUUCAGCAGCAACGUUACAAUGCGUCUCAGAAGGCAGUAGGCCACCAGCUAUGAUAUCGUGGUACAAAGAUAACAGAAGUUUUGAGAAAGAAAGGGUUAGUGAACGGGCAAACGAAACUUGGUCCGUGAGUUCCCUGGUCUUCCACCCAGCGCCAAACGACAACGGAGUAAUAGUCAAAUGUGUUGCAACUAACCCAAGAUUACCAGCCAAGGCCAUAGAUGAUCAAUUACUAUUAAAUGUUGUAUAUAGUCCGUUGGUGACGUUGACUCUUGGCAGCACUUUGAACCCUCACGAUAUAAAGGAAGGAGACGACGUCUACUUCGAGUGCAACGUGCGAGCAAACCCACGGGAAUACAGGAUAUCAUGUCCCCUGUCGACUCUUAUGAGAAGUGAAAGGUCUUUACUCAAGGCAACGUCGAUCUUCGUUUCUCUUAACAACGCUUGUACUAAAAGUUCUCUUGCAGGACAGACCCGUCAUACAGAAUAUGACGUCGGGCAUUAUACUCAGUACCCGGUCGUUAGUCCUACAGAAGUCGCACCGGUUUGCAGUAUUUCGUCGCCCCAAGUGGUGGGAGCCGCUCUUGAUGAGUCGUUGCACGUUCGAUGCUCGGUGCAUGCAGAUCCUGCUGACGUCACGUUUUUGUGGCAGUUCAAUAACAGUGGCGAAAGCUUUAACGUUUCUCCAGCGAGAUAUGGAACUUUGAAUGGGAGUACGAGUGAAUUAAGGUACACGCCAGCUAGCGAGAGGGAUUACGGUGCUCUUACUUGCAGAGGUAGCAACACUGUGGGCCGACAAUUACAGCCCUGUAUUUUCCAGAUUGUACCUGCUGCAAGACCAGCGCCGCCCCGAAAUUGUUCAAUUUCAACGGGAAACGACUCCAGUUGGGAGGAAAUCAGUAGAGAGGACAUCAUCGACUACAUUGCUGUUAGAUGCGUGACUGGAUACGAUGGUGGUCUACCUCAACUCUUGAUCUUGGAAGCCCUCGAUUCAGUCAGUGGAGUCACGAGGUUCAAUGUUACAGCUAACGAAACAAGUGGUGUCGCUGUAUUCCUAAUCCCUGCUAUGGUUCUGUGGACGAGCGGGAGUUCCCUUCGCCUCACAGUUCACUCCAGGAAUGAUAAGGGUGCUUCAGACCGGGUGGUUAUACAGGCAUUAUCUUAUCAAGACCCUGAAAGAAGAACAGAUGGAGUCCAAGGUACAAUGGCGGGUGUGCCCCGAGGGGCAUUUUGGGCGAUCGUCAUUACAGCUCUGUUCUGCUCCAGUGUAGCUGCAGUUGCUGGCUAUUUUCUCAGAAAACGAAGAAAUAGCGUCAUCAACAAACAACAUUCCCAAGAACUGCAGCUUAACUCCGGCGACGGACAAUAUAUUGUGGCAUACACAUUGAAGCCGGCGAAACAAGCACAGCCGGAUAUUUUGAAUCCCACAGAUGGUGGUCCUCAAACCGCGAGUGUAGAGACGGUUGUCAAAAAUGGCGCUCUCCAUACGAACGACGAGUGGCCGAGCGAACCCAGUUCUAAUUCACAGGAGCAACGAAAUUCACUGGCGUCACCGAAAAGUACGUCAAGCAAAGCCACCUUCAGCACAGCGACACUCAGUAGACGAGAACAUUUGAUAGCCGAGGAGAUCCCGGGCCCAGAGAGUUGUGUAUAA